AUGGAAGACCAAUCGCCUGACCAUAUAUCAGUCGGUUCAGCACCAAAGAAGUCUAGCACUUCCUCACGAGGCCGGCACCGUAAUUUCUCAUCAUCAACAUGCAAAGAUUUUCUCCGGAAGUUUGUGGACAGUGAGCUUUUAACUUCCAGCCUAGAGGAUUGGUUCUCUGGUCACAGUGAAGAUUGUGGUUUCAGGAAGCCAGCUUUUGAUGUUCCUUUCGACCUUACAGAAUUACAGAAUUUUGAUUACGCUCUGGAGGGUGUUACUUUUCAGCAGCUAGUACGGAUGCCAAAUGCUCUAUAUGCAUCGACAUCAGAUGUUUUUGAAGCUAGUGCAUAUCUUGCUUUAGAGGAUUUCCUUCACGCAGGCAUUAAAGGACUGUGGCAAACUUUCUGGGGUCCUGAUGAAACAAUGCCAUUCUCAGUUGCCUGUAUACACAGCACAAGCUCCAAAUUUUAUCCUGCUGAGAAGGCUAUUAGCAGUGGAAAACUCGAUGGGGGUGACCAGGAGCCAUCUCCUGCUGUCUUAGGGGAGGCACUGUUCUUUGCUCUGCGUGUCCUACUAUCUCGGUUUUUUGGCAGAUCCUCCACUGUUGUUCGCAAUUCAGACUGUGUUUACUUGCUUCUUGUUGAUUCACAGUUUGGAGGAGUGGUAAAAGUGCAAGGUGAUUUGAACAAGCUGGAUUUUGAUCUGAACAAUGUUUAUGACUGUGCUGCUGAAUGGAUAAAGAAACAUGCCAAAAUUUCAGUUUCUUCCAUAGAUCGAGUAUGGAACAAGCUUGGGAAUGCUAACUGGGGAGACAUUGGGACCCUUCAGGUUCUCAUUGCAAUAUUUCACUCAAUGAUCCAAUUUUAUGGAGAGCCUAAGUAUUCUCUCCAUGAACUGGCAACUGAACAUAGUUCAAGGCUACAAAGUCGAAGAUCAGAAAGACAUUUGGUUGACAGACAUGCUAAUGGUAAUGGCUUAUUUCGAUUCCAACAGCGAAGUCAUUCUCCUGAAAUUGUCGAAGUUCAGGAGGAAGCAGCUGUUGAUGUGAAACCACAUGAAACCCUAAGGCUUGAAAUAGGAUCUGUUGUAUUGAUGGAUGAUGCUUACACACAGAAAGGUUUUCAAAUCAAUGACAUCCUAACAGACAGUGAUCCUCCUAUUUAUACUUCUACUCCUGUAGAAGAACCUACGAAAACCUAUUUGCUGUAUGUAGGCUCCAGUCCUUCUCAUUUGGAACCAGCAUGGGAGGAUAUGAACUCUUGGUACCAAGUACAGAGGCAGACCAAAGUACUGACUGUGAUGAAGCAACGAUGUAUUUCUAGCAGAUAUAUACCACAGAUGGUAUCUUCUGGACGGGUCAUCCAUCCAGGCCCAUGUAACAAGCCUAACUCAAAUGGAAGUUGUGGUCAUCCAUGGUGCAGUACUCCAAUGCUUGUCACCUCACCAGUUGGUGAGACCAUUUCAAAUCUGAUACGGAAUGGAUUGUUCGGUGUUGAGGAGGCUCUGAGAUGUUGCCAUGACUGUUUAUCGGCUCUUGCUGCAGCAGCUUCUGCAGGAAUCCGUCAUGGUGAUAUCCGGCCAGAGAAUGUGAUCCGUGUCAAUAAUGGUUCAAGGCAUCCAUAUUUUGUGCUUAUUGGAUGGGGUCAUGCUAUCCUAGAAGAUAGGGAUCGGCCAGUAAUGAAUCUAUUCUUCUCAUCUACAUUUGCACUCCAGGAAGGAAAACUAUGUGGGGCAUCUGACGCAGAAAGUUUAAUUUAUCUUCUAUAUUUCUCUUGUGGUGGAGUUUGCCCCGAGCUUGACUCUGUUGAAAGUGCACUUCAGUGGAGGGAGACAUCAUGGUCGAGGAGAGUUAUACAGCAGAAGUUGGGCGACAUCUCAGCAGUGUUAAAAGCUUUUGCGGAUUACGUCGACAGCCUUUGUGGAACUCCAUACCCGAUGGACUAUGAGAUCUGGUUGAAACGACUGCGAAGAACAAUAAAUGAAGAUCAUGGGAAGGAGGUCGACACGUCCUCAUCAAGUUAA